GAAAUCUCCAGUAGUUGGAUGCUUGAUUCAACGAUAUCUAAAAAUAUAUAGGUGAGUUAUAUUCGUCAGAGAGAGCCACGAGUAGCCAGGGUGUUGGGAUGAAUCCAAAUCUGCUAUUAUUCUUCUUGGCAUCGAUUACACUGCCCGCUAUGUCCGAUGAAGACCUGAUUUCAGUGGAUUAUGAAGUUUAUGGCAGAGUGCAAGGUGUAUUUUUUCGGAAGUACACCCAAGCAGAAGGGAAGAGGCUUGGCUUGGUUGGCUGGGUCCAAAACACACGGGCAGGGACUGUUCAAGGGCAGCUACAGGGCCCACGCAGCAAAGUAAAGGAGAUGCAGGAAUGGCUGACAUCCACUGGGAGCCCCAAGUCGCACAUAAUCAAGGCAGAGUUUAAGAACGAGAAAGUCAUUGACAGCCUAGAACACUCUUCUUUUAACAUAGUGAAAUAGUAGAACAAUUAAAAUGAACUAAAGCACAUAUUUUAUUUAUUUUGACCCAUUUAUUAGUUUAUAUAAAAUGUGUAUGAUAGGGUUGCUCAGCAUCUUGCAGUACAGUUUAAACUCUAAAAUAGAAAAAGCCCUAUAAUAGGCUUUGCAUUGUUAAGUUCAUUUACUAAUGUAAUAUUUUAUUUAUAAUGUUAACUAUGGAAACAAAACCAUAUAUUUAAACACUUAAGCUUGUUAAAAUCCAAGUCAAAUGUGACCACAGUAUUUUACAAUGUGUGGAUCUGUUAGAAGUGGCUGUUUGCAAACAAAAUAGAGCCUGACAAACAUUCUGCUGAGAAAACAGGGAACUGUAAUAAAUCUAUCAACGCAGUUUUUAAUGGCCUCUGAAUAAAACAUAGGCCUCCUCCCUUCA